UGGCGGGGGGAGGGGUGUGGCUUAGAGGAAGCGGAAGUGUCAGAGCAGGCGGAAGUGGUUGAGCCCUGAAUAGCCGAGCAUUGAGAGGAGGACGCCUCCAUAAACCUUCAUCGUUCAAAGCAGUACAUCGAGAACCCUAGUACCUUCGAAAUCCGCAAGAUGGAAAGGACUGAUCUGGUGCAGAAAGCCAAGCUGGCCGAGCAGGCCGAGCGCUAUGACGACAUGGCGGCCGCCAUGAAGAUGGUGACGGAGCAGAACAAAGACCUGACCAACGAGGAGCGCAACCUGCUCUCUGUUGCCUACAAGAACGUGGUGGGAGCCCGCCGCUCGUCCUGGCGCGUCACCUCCAGCAUCGAGCAGAAGAGCGAGGGCAACGAAAAGAAGCAGCAGAUGGCCCACGACUACCGCGUGAAGAUCGAGUCUGAACUCCAAGACAUCUGCCACGACGUGCUGAAUCUGCUGGACAAAUUUCUGAUCGCCAACGCCAAGAUGGCAGAGAGCAAGGUGUUCUACCUCAAAAUGAAAGGAGACUACUACAGAUACCUGUCAGAGGUGGCGUCUGGCGACUCAAAGAAGGAAACGGUGGAACAGUCUCAGAAGGCCUACCAGCAGGCCUUCGACAUCAGCAAGACCGACAUGCAGUCCACGCACCCCAUCCGACUCGGCCUGGCCCUCAACUUCUCCGUCUUCUACUACGAAAUCCUCAACUCGCCGGAGCAGGCCUGCUCUCUGGCCAAGCAGGCAUUCGACGAGGCCAUCGCUGAGCUUGACAGCUUGAACGAGGAGUCGUACAAAGACAGCACGCUGAUCAUGCAGCUACUACGGGACAACCUGACUCUGUGGACAUCAGAAAACCAGGGAGACGAGGUGGAAGCCGGCGAAGGCGAGAACUAGAGCGCACUCGGAGGUCCCCCCCCCAACCCCCCAACCCAUUAACACCCCUCCCUCUCUCCAUGCACACAAACGUUCAUUCCCUCUUGAAGCCUCUUUGCUCUCUUCUGUAUAAGCAGCAGCAUGAAUCGUACCCCCCCUCCUCCCACCACCUCCACAUGGCACUCCAUGUCCGGCCCACCUACUAGAACCUUCUGGCCCGUCCUAUCUCACUAGGAGGUUUUUUUUUUGUUUUUGUUUUUUUUAAUUCCAGUGAAAUAAUUUGCUCUAUCUUUCCUCUUUCCAAUCUCUGCCCCCUCUACCCCAGCGAGCUCCGCCUCCUUUCUGUCUCUUGGCUUCUUAGUCCCGCCCACUGGCUGCUUUUAUUCCACUUUAAUCCAAACAAGACAAAAGGUUAUUAAACUGUGUGUUUAUUUUCAACAAA